AUGCUUCUGAAUGAAUUCGAAUUCCUACGUGAGUAUUUCCUUUUCUUAGAGGACUAUUUCAAGAAUUGUCACCCAAACGUGCCAGGAUUCGAUGCAUGCAUAAGAGAAGCGUUAAAUGCGGUUCGACCUUACUUCAAAACUGGCCUUCCCCAAUACAAUGUAGUCACCUUUGAUCCACUUUUCGCCAAAGAAGUAUCAGCGUCACGUGGAAAUGCCAAACUUGGCUUUACCUUAACGCUAAGAAACGUUACCGAGAGUGGAUGGACUAAUAGUAAAGUGACGAAAUUCGUCAGUGACAUACCGAAUUAUAAGAUAGUAUACACUCAGAGUUUCCCAGCAAAAUUCCUGUCAGGUUGGUAUGAGUUUAAAGGGACAGCACUAGGCUCCAGUAUAAACAAUAAGGGAAAAUUCACGUUGGAUCUUUAUGAUUACUUUCAAACGACCGUCGUUACCAGAAAACCAGGACAAAAGGUUCAAGUCAAUGUGGAUGUACAACAGAUCGGAGAUUUGAAGCUUCACAUCACAAAUUUGCUAUCCGGUCAUAAAAUACUGGAGAACAUUCUCGAUAAAAUAAUAAAUGGCUCGUGGCAACCAGGAUUUGUGGUUACCAGACCUAUAAUCAACGAACUCGUUUCUAAAGGGUACACGGAGAUUUUUGACGGCUCUUUUCGUAAUUUUCCUUUCGACAAAAUCAUCAAACCGAGACCUACGAGAUAACUCUGCCAGGAUUGUGUCACGAUUCUUUGUUUAAUUCUUUUGUAAAAUAUAAUUUUUUAAUUUUGGCUAAUUUAUUAUGAAGAAUUGAAAUUUUUGUUUUUGUUAUAAUUUCUAUAUCGUAUCCAAGUAGCUUCCAAAUUAUUUUCUUUCUGUUCUAUAUGUGCUCAUUAUGUAGUUUACGUUAUCUAUUUUUAUUUUAAAACCACUUAACGAUCGCCAAUUAUGAUGUAUUUGAACUUUAGAUCAAGAAAUUAUAUUUUACACAAGACUUUUAGAAUAGAAUCAUACGUUUUUACAGAUUUCGAUAUAAUUUUAUCGAAUAAGCUGGUGAAUGCUUUUGGUCAUCGCUCGGUACUUUGUAUUUUUGGAUAUUUUGUAUUUUUGGUCGACACUGGUAUUGCCAGAAAUAUUUCUUUAUCGUUUGAUUUUAUUUUAUACGCGUUUUGUAAGAAAUAGGAAAAGGGGAAAAUGAUAAAACAUAAGUGAAAAAGAAGGGUACAAAUCUCACCUAUGAGGUAAAGGAAAGAUAAUCACAAAUCAACUAGAUUCUUUUUAAUUCAGAGAAUAUCGAUUACUUGUACAAGUGAGAUCAAUAAGAAAGGAUGCGUUUAUUAUGUAGAAGAUUCUAAUUAGAAAGACUGGAAAUUCUCUAGACUAAACUAAACGUGGAGAGACAUUUUUUUUAUUUUCUUGAAAGAAGUCUUAAUACAAAAUGAAUCACGAAUGACAUACUUAUACGUUCUGAUAAAAAACCAGGAUAUGGAAAUUAUAGGUUUCCGUAAACGUUUGAUACGUAGCGAUCUUAAGAGAGGUAGAAAGAGCUGAUUGAAUUUUUAAAAGCAAACACAAAUUUAUAGUUAUUUCCUCUUUGUCUCUUAACUAUUUUUAGUUACUGGACCUCCUGAUCUUUUGUCAGACAAUUUCGCAACAGAUAAUGCAAUUAAUUCUAGUUAUUCCUCUUCUUCAAAUGUCGUUAUUUUCUUCGCGGCCUAAUGCAAAUAUUCAAACCUGUUAGUUUCAUACGAAUGAAAAACUGAAUUUUCAUUUCUUUAUUGGCUAUUCGUCCAAUGCAAAAUCCCAUCGAUCGAUACAUCUAUUCUACUCGUAACUUCUAUUCUUCGAUCGUAUCUAUCGACGUGUCCAUUGAGUAAGACCACACAAUUGGCUUUUUACGAUAGCAAAUUACGAUUCAAGGAUUAUUCAAGAGCUUCUCGGAAAUCGCGAAUCUUCUCUUCUUCCGUUCGUACUAACGAACGUAACGAAGCGAACACGAGACUUUCUUCCUCUGUCAGGAUAGCUGUUCGCCUUGAGAGGCUGACGGUCUCUGACCUCGCAUUCUCAUGGUGCGUCGACUCUCAUCGGACACCGUCGAUAAUUUGCGUUGAAGGGAAGACAUUAGGUAACAGAGGUACCGACUUUGAAAAUGCCCCUGCGAAACGUCAUCGUCUUUCUUCCAACGAAGAAUAAAUGCACCAUCUUGUACCGUUUCCAUCGAACGAUCUUUGUGGAUUAAGGUUGAAUGGUUCUUUAAUUCGACGAUAUGUUUGGAAUUGGAAAAGCUCGAUUUUUUAAAAAACGAAACCUCCCACGCAAUUUUGUUAUUCUUCGUUCUCCUCUUGUUUCCAGCCAUAAAAAUCUCAAUGGCUUUACUCGUAGAAUUAAUUACGAGUAAUUUUACUCCACUUUGAAAUUUUUGAUUCUUAUAGAGGUAGAAGAUGCGAUAAGAAACGAUAAUCAGGGAUACGCGAAAUCACGCGAUUAAACUUUUGAAAAAUAUCGCUGUUAAAAUAUUGCUUCUGAAAGAUAUCGACGUUUCUAAUACGAUUUUAUUACGAAUCGUUAACCUUAAGAUUUGAAAUAUUUUAGAUUCCUGCGUUCGCGUAUAAUGUAACACCGUAUGAAAAUGUUACGGUUAAUAACGGCCGAUCACGAUCGAUUGCUAUCGCGAGCACGAAUUACGGUGCUUAUUAACGGUGCUUAACAUUCUUCGCUAAACGCGCCAACUUCUCUGACGUCUACCAUUCACAUCCGCUUACUUUCAUCGUACCUUGAUCAAACUUUUAUCGUUCGUUCGUUAUAAUAAAUGUGUUCCGUAUAUAUUAGUAAUAUAUAAGCGUGUUCGGUGUUUCAACGUAUGUUAAACAAAUAUUGUUGGUUACAUUGUAUUUUAAUAAAGU